CCCCCGACCCAGGAAGCAGCCUGCAACCAGUAGUGUCGGAGAGGGUCCGCAUAUGUCAAAGGUGAGGGCAGCAGAUGUCAGACCCAGAGAGCUCUCUGUACCAAGUGAGCCUGUAAGGCCUCCAGGGACAGACUUGCUAACAGCUGGACUUGAUCACUGAGAUCAUACAUUGGGUGGGAAUAACAAGCAGACAUUGCUCUCCUGCUGUACCAAAACAUUGUUCUUCAAGGAUUUGCCUCAGCAGCGGCUAGAAAACAGACUACCCCCUGGACCCUUGAGUCUUCUUUGAGAAAUUCCACUCCUGGGGAGUCUGCAGCAUGAUGGUGGCUCUUCCGGGAACUUCUGCAGUGCUGGUUCUGUCCCUGGCAGCAUUUCUACCUCCACCACAGCGUGCACAGGACCCGGCCAUGGUGCAUUACAUCUACCAGCGCUUUCAGGUCUUGGAGCAAGGACUGGAAAAAUGUACUCAAGCAACAAGAGCAUACAUUCAAGACUUUCGAGAAUUCUCAAAAAACAUAUCGAUUAUGCUGGGGAGAUGCCAGAUGGACACCAGUGAUUAUAAGAGUGCAGUAAAUAAUCUGGCGAUGAGAGUGGAACGGGCCCAACGGGAGAUUGACUACCUGGAAUAUCUUCGAGAAUCUGACAUAUGCAUAGAGUCAGAAGAAAAGACCCUGGCAGAAAAGCUCCUUCAGGAAGCUGAAGAAGACCAAAAGGUCCGAACUCUGCUCAAUGCAAGCUGUAACAAUAUGCUGAUGGGUAUAAAGUCCCUGAAAAUAGUGAAGAAGACAAUGGACACAGACGGCUCUUGGAUGAAAGAUGCUGGCAGUGAGUCUGCGAAGGUGUAUUUACUAAUUGGAUCCAGAAACAAUACUGUCUGGGAAUUUGCAAACUUACGAGCAUUCAUGGAGGACAGCACCAAGCCAGCCCCACGGAAGCUAAUUCUGCCUCUCUCCUGGAAGGGAUCAGGUCAAGUGGUCUAUAAAGGCUUUCUAUUUUUUCACAACCAAGCAACUUCUAAUGAGAUCAUCAAAUAUAAUCUACAGAAGAGGACCGUGGAAGACCGAAUGCUACUCCCAGGAGGGGCAGGGCGAGCGCUGGUUUACCAGCAUUCUCUGUCCACUUACAUUGACCUGGCUGUGGAUGAGCAUGGACUCUGGGCCAUCCACUCAGGCCCAGGUAUCCAAGGCCAUUUGGUUCUCACAAAGAUUGAGCCUGGCACACUUGGAGUGGAGCACUCAUGGGACACACCAUGCCGAAGCCAGGAUGCGGAAGCCUCAUUCCUCUUAUGUGGGGUUCUUUACGUAGUCUAUAGUUCUGGUGGCCAGGGCCCUCAUCGCAUCACAUGCACCUAUGAUCCCCUGGGGACUAUCAGGGAAGAGGAUCUGCCCAACUUGAUUUUCCCCAGGCGGCCAAGAACACACUCCAUGAUCCAUUACAACCCCAGGGAUAAGCAGCUCUAUGCAUGGAAUGAAGGAAACCAGAUCAUUUACAAACUCCAGACAAAGAGAAAGCUGCCUCUGUAAUAGUGAAUGGCCUCUAGGAGAGAGAGCAAAAUGGCUGUCCAGGACACUGAAGCCACAACCCCUUGAUGUAGUAGCAUUCUCUUAUCACACCCAGGAAUAGGUCUAGCGAGUGAAUACAUGUAUGUCUUUCCCAAAUGUCACAGACUUAGCUAGUUUCCAGGAGCUUAGGAAUUUUCAACAUCUAUUUUUCAUUCCCACCCCCAGUUCCCCAAGGUCUCCUACCUUCUGAGCUUAUUUCCAGCCUUCUUUUUCUGCUUUCCUUCAUUUGUUAUAAAUCUGUCUCUCCUCCUCAAAUAAUCAGAAUCCUGCCUCCCUCGGAUACUUAUUGGCUUUUUCUCCUCUGGCCUUUGAUCAGGCUCAAAUGCUUACAAACACCCUUUCAAUUUUUUUUUAUCCUACAGCUAAAUUAUUAUUUCUUAUUGACAUUUAUUUUCUUCUUUAUUUGUGCUUUCCCCAAGUUGGUAGAGAUAGUAAUAGAGUAAGAACGUGAACAUUUUGAAUGACAACGUCUGUAUGUUAUUUUCCUUUCCAACCUUGUGAGAUGUGUACAAGUCUUUACAAAUUGCUGUGAUGAGGAGAAAUAUUUAGGUGAGUUAUUCAAAGUAGCACAACUGUAAAAUUAAAGAGCUAGAAAAUACCACAAAUCUUUUGGUUUUUACAUCACCCAAGGAAAUAUCAAAUAUGUAUUAUUUGUUCACCCCACCCUUUAUAAUCAAUGUGUUCAUUGGUUCAGCUUUAAAAUAAUAGUCUCUUCCUUUUGCCAAGUUUUUACAUCUGCAAAAUACCUUUUUAUAGGUAUUUCCUACAGAAACCCAGCCUGAGGGUGAAGACCCCCACCUCUAGCCUCAUCUUGUCUUACUGUCAUCUGCUCCUCUCUUCUUGGUUUAAAUACAAUAAAAAUGACAUUGAG